GUUUCUAUUUUCCGAUUGUUUUUGGAGUUGUGCAAGAUCCGUUGAUAUGUCUUUUUCUGGAUAAAAUGUCGACACUUCUUCAUCUUUAAUAUUACUCUACUCUGCUCCGUCGGAAGUCGUCGACUAUUCUCCGGCGACUUUUAUUGCUUUGGUUAGUUUAAAUUCGUAUCAGUUAUUGGUUGAAACAAGUCGAUUUUGAUAUUUUUCAGAGCAGAAUUACUUUUCAACUCUAAAAUUUCUAUCAGCUCUAACAUAUCGUGGAAGAUUGGUCAAUCGAAGCUCAUAUCAGACGAUAUUUGGUAUAGAAAUUGAUUAGAUAAUUUAUAGGAAUAUCCUCGUUCAGCAAUGUGUCGAUUUCUUCAUUUUGUUUUUGAUAUUUUGGGUCCUAAUUGAAUUGAAUCGGAGAUUCGGAGAUAUGGGGUUCGAAGAGACGUUUACGGCUUAUUUAGUGGGAGAUGAAGGGAAGGAUCCGAACAAAAGCUGUCAUUUUGAGUACAAGAAGCUCAAGAAUGAUUUGAACUUUUGCAGGCGUCAUAGAGAUACUGGAGCUUCAACUGAUUCUCAUGGCGACGGAAACUCCGAAAAUGAUCUCAAUCAGAUUGUUCCUCAUCAAUCCUGCCAUCGAUGUGAGGGGAUUUUCUCUGAAUUAACGAUGGAAGCUACCAAGAUAUCUGAUAAUUUUAGUUUCAGAGUCAAGCAGCUUGUUCAUCUUCAUUUCACUCCUGGCAUCCAAAGAUUCUUAUGUUGGCUAUUUCAAUGUUUUAAAGGUGAUCACGAAGCACUUGUACACAAAGGAUUGAUGCUAAUCCAAUUUGUUGUCAUGAAUGCUAUCGCACUCAGAAAGAUUCUUAAAAAAUACGACAAAGUGCAUGAAUCUGCAAGUGGUAUGAACUUUAAGUCCAAAUUGCAAGCCAAACACUUGGACAUUAUGCAAUCUCCAUGGUUGAUUGAAUUAAUAGCUUUCUAUAUGAAUCUCAAUGGGUCAGAUAGUUUGAGUUCUGAUGAGCUUUUUGGUCAACUAUCUUAUGAUCUCAACAUCCCCAAUGAAGAGUCUAUACAACUAACUCUGACACUCGUAGGUUCUGAAAAAUUGGAGUAUAGUCUCAAGUGUCCUAUUUGUUUGGACAUUGUUUUUCAACCAUAUGCUUUGAGUUGUGGACACAUUUUUUGCAAGUCUUGUGCUUGUUUGGCGGCUGGUGUAUUGAUCAUUCAAGGGUUCAAGUAUGCAAGCCCAGGCUCCAAGUGUCCAGUUUGUCGAGAGAGUGGAGUGUAUGGUAAAUCAGUGUGCAUGUCUGAACUAGGUUUGCUCUUAAAAAGAAGGUAUAAAGAUGGAUUUAAGAAGAGACUGAUGGAAGAGCGAGAAAGAAUAUUAACCCAAACUAAAGAAUAUUGGGAGUUGCAAUCAAGUUAUGUGAUGGGCUUAUGACAUUUGAGUGUGCUGGAUUUUUUGGUGUCUGUUCGCAAGCUUUAUUGUGUACAAAAGUUUGUUAUGUACAUAAAAACUUUGUAUGUAGAAUAUAUAGUGUUGAAGU